AUGGAUUCGACUGAUCCGAUAUAUUCUCCUUUUUUCGGUGUGAUUGGCGCCGUUUCUGCAGUGGUAUUUUGUUGCUUGGGCGCUGCUUAUGGGACUGCCAAGUCCGGAGCAGGCAUCUGCUCUAUGGGAGUGAUGAGACCUGAAUUAAUCAUUAAGUCAAUUAUUCCGGUUGUUAUGGCUGGUAUAAUAGCAAUUUAUGGUCUCGUCGUAGCAGUUCUUAUAGUUCAACGUGGUCAGGAUUUGAAGAAACUUGACGUGUCUCUUAAUCAGCUCGGUGCUGGCCUGAGUGUAGGACUUAGUGGUCUUGGUGCAGGUUUUGCCAUUGGGAUAGUUGGUGAUGCUGGUGUACGUGGCACAGCUCAACAAUCUAGGCUAUUCGUAGGAAUGGUGCUAAUCCUAAUUUUCGCAGAAGUCCUUGGUCUUUACGGAUUAAUUGUCGCUCUCAUUUUGUCCACUAAGUGA